GCCCGUGUCACUGAAAAUUUUACGUAAAAAUAGAUCUGAAUAUUUAUGACAGAAAACUUGAAGUUGAAGUCUUCCUACGUACGUACGUUCUACAUAUUUUAUUUCCUUACGAAAGAACCGUCGAUCAACACUUUAAUUUAGGUACAGGAUAUUCAUUCAAGAAAGGAAAAGAUCUGAUAUUUGAGCUUUGUAUGAGAUUCAGCUGCACAAUCUAGCACUAUACAAUGAAUGAUAUAGAGACAGACAAUACCAUUUGGACAGAUGCAGUUUCAGAAAAAGGGUACGAUUAUGGAGAAUUUCUAGUGAGUGUUGACAGUGGGUUGGACACUAGUGAUGUGGACAACCUGAAGUUUCUCUUACGUGGAUUUUUACCAGAUUCCAAGAUACAGAGGGCAGAGAGAGGUCUGGAUCUGUUCAAUGAGCUUCAGAACACAGGAGUCAUUGAUAUUGAUAAUGCAGACUUAGAACUUCUCGAAGAAUGCCUGUACAGAAUUCACAGGAAAGACUUGUUAAAGAAGAUGGCUAGGGACACUAAUCUUGUGGAACAGAGAUUAAAAAGGCUGCAGGCAGAUUUACAGAAAAAGAAGAUCUCAUACAUGAAUUCAGCCAAGUUUUUGUCACCCUUCAGGGUGUUACUAUUUGAGAUUGGUGAGGACAUUGAUGACGAAGAGUUCAAGUCCGUCAUGUUUACUCUGACGUCUGUGGUGCCUAAAGGACAACUCUCCAAAAUGAAGUCCAUCUUUGAUCUGUUUUUGUUCUUGGAGAAGAAAGAUGAGAUGUCUCAUACAAAAGUUGAUGUGUUACUGAAAGUGUUGAAGGUCAUUGACAGAGCUGACCUUAUUCCAAAGGUCAACAAAUAUAUUUCCCUGCAAGCCAAAGAGAAUAACUACUCUCAGAAUUCUCAACCAACUCUAAUGGAGGUGGAGCCACCCCAAGUACCCCCAACAGGAGCACAGAACCACCCUCCUCCUCAAGCUUUGGGGGCAGGAGGGGGCAUCAGACCAACAUCCCAUGCCCCAUUGCCACAGGGCAUUCUUAUAAGGUUAGCUGAUGUGAUAGCAAAGUGUCCAAAUUGGAAGGAUAUUUCGCCGUUCCUUGGUUUGGAGGACAGCUCAAUUACAGCUAUUAUCAAUGAUGAUCAUCUCAUUGUUUCUCUGAGAAUAUUGAAAAUGCUAGAGUAUUGGCAAAUGAACGUUAUGCAGAAUGAUGAGACUUGCAGAGUGACCAUGAUUGGGGUCCUCCAAAAGUUUAGAAUUACUGAGGGGCUUCAGAUACUGGGAGAGACUGUUGAAGAAGAUGAUCAUAUUCCUGAUCCCACACCAACCAACCUGCAAUCCAUGUAUCGGCCCCCUGUUGGAGACAUUCCUGAGCCAAUAAGACACCCCGCCCCAGAGCCUCUCCCUGCCAUCCAGUCCCUGAGGCCAAUCACAUCCACAUCAGAGAUAGAAACACAAACCUCCAUGAUGAUUCUUCCCAACAGCAGUCAGCCAGUCAGAGAUGAGAAUGAGGAGAACCUCUCUGUAUCUAACACUGAAGCCCGAGUUCAGCCAGUGGAAAGAGAACCCCAACCCUCAGAAAAUAACUAUGUCCAGUCUGAGAGAAGCACGAGAGAUGAUAGAGUGGAUGAGACCUUGGCCGUAGCCAUGAGGAGAACGCACCUAGAUGAUGAGAUGGACCUGCCAUCAUACAGAAUGGACAGGAAGCCAAGAGGCAUAGCUGUGAUAAUCAACAACAUGAAAUUUUUCAAAGUUGCUAAUGACCAUGAAAGCAAAGAGAUGCCAGAUCGCACAGGCACAGACCUCGACGCUGAUAAAUUAACAUACAUAUUCCAGAAGCUAGGUUUCCUUGUGAGAAGAUAUGAUAACUUAGAGGAUGUUGCCAUGUACAGGCGAUUGGUCGAUGUUUCUCUGGAAGACCACAGUAAUUAUGACUGUUUCGUGUGCUGCAUUUUGUCACAUGGUGUGCUCCAGAACAUCUAUGGCACCAAUGGCAGACUUGUCAGAAUUUCAGAAUUAACAGGAAUAUUCCGAUCAAGGAAAUGUACAGGACUGGCGGGAAAACCAAAAUUGUUCUUCAUUCAAGCUUGUCAAGGAAGAGAAAAGCAAAUGGGAAUUGACAUCGAAAUGGACAGUGACAUUGAGGCGGAUAAUGGCAGGAACUCUGAGAUGAUCCCGGACGAGGCCGACUUUGUGCUUGGGUGUGCCACUGUCCCCGGGUACGUGUCCUACAGAAGUAGGUCACAGGGAAGCUGGUUCGUCAAUAAACUGGUCGAAAUGCUGGAUAAAUUUGCCUACAGGUAUGACCUCUUGAGUAUCCUGGUCAAGGUCAACGAGGAAGUUGGUCGAGCUAACGCCCGGCUGGAGGGAGGGGUCUUCAAACAAAUCCCCGCCCCUCUCGUCACCCUUAGGAAAAAACUGUUCUUUCGGUGAGAGGACCUCUGUGUUGGAAGGAAUUGUUAAAUGAAAUCAAUGUAAAUGAAAUUUAAAGAAAAACUGACUUUCACAUUAAUCAUUGUUAUUUUUGCAUAGAACAUGAUCAUUUAUUAAAAGUAUGUAAAAACUAUUUGUUGAUUUUGCAAUAAAUAAUUGAAAUAACUUUC